UAUAGCAAAAUGGCGGAGGUUUUGAGGUGGGACCUCUCUGUUAUCAAACGGGAUCUUCUUUUGGCAAACCGGGAAUGUUCCGAGAGGGGUUUGAUGCAAAGUGCAAAAUGGUCUGCUGAAAUGAUAUUUUCAUUGAAUCAGGUGCCAACAAAUGCACUCCAAGUACAGCCAACUGCUUCAGAUGUUUUCUGCAAAGAAUAUGAUAGGUACACAUUAGCAAAAAGCUACUUUGACUUAAAAGAAUAUGACAGAGCUGCAUUUUUUACCGAGGAAUGUGAGGAUCCAAAGGUUUAUUUUCUCAACAAGUUUUCAAGAUAUUUAGCUGGAGAAAAGAAGAAAACUGAUGAUAUGACAGAUUCCAUUGGUCCCCCAGAUUCUGUGGAGAAUGAUCACCUAAAGCUGCUGAGAACUGAGCUUCAUAAAAAGCACAGCACUAAUAGUCUUGAUGGAUAUUGUUUGUAUUUGUAUGGAGUGGUGUUAAAGAAGUUGGAACUGUUAAAGGAAGCAGUGGAUGUAUUCAUAGAUGCUAUUCAAAGUGAACCUCUUCACUGGGGAGCAUGGCAGGAGUUGGCAGCUCUGAUCACAGAUAGAGAUAUGCUCUCAACCCUAUCCUUACCUGACCACUGGAUGAAGCAGUUUUUCCUGGCACACACCUAUCUAGAACUACAGCUUAACGAUGAGGGUCUUAAACUCCUACAGGCCAUCCGUGACCAAGGCUUUGCCAAGAACAGCUAUGUGCUUUCACAAAUUGCCAUUGCCUACCACAACUUCCGAGAGGUUGAUCAGGCUGUCAAUGCAUUUACUGAACUAAGAAAAGCCGACCCAUGCAGGCUUGAAAAUAUGGAUGUGUAUUCUAAUCUGUUAUAUGUUAAGGAAAUGAGAGCAGAGUUGGCUCAUUUAGCACAUCACUGCUGUGAUAUUGACAAGUAUAGAGUGGAGACAUGUUGUGUGAUAGGGAAUUAUUACAGUUUGCGCUGUCAGCAUGAGAAAGCUGUGUUGUACUUUCAACGUGCCUUAAAGCUAAACCCACGCUAUCUCUCAGCGUGGACACUGAUGGGCCAUGAAUUUAUGGAAAUGAAAAAUACAUCUGCAGCUAUUCAGGCUUACAGACAGGCAAUAGAGGUCAAUCGCAGAGACUACAGGGCCUGGUAUGGACUGGGGCAAACCUAUGAAAUUUUGAAAAUGCCAUUUUAUUGUCUGUAUUAUUACAGACAAGCCCAGAUGCUGAAACCAAAUGAUUCUAGGAUGAUUGUAGCCCUUGGAGAAUGCUAUGAAAAGCUGGACCGUCUUCAAGAAGCCAAGAAGUGUUUUUGGAAGGCACAUGCCAUGGGAGACCAGGAAGGAACACUGGCACUUAUCAAGCUAGCAAAGUUGUAUGAACGUUUAAGUGAAGAGGACCAAGCUGCUGCAGCCUAUACUGACUAUAUCAAUGAAACCAUUCGCACUGGAGCAUUCAGCACAGAUGAACAAGCCCAUGCUUACAAGUACCUGGCCAACUAUCACAUCAAGCACAAUCAGUUAGAUGAUGCUUAUAUUGCUGCCCAGAAGUGCACAGAAUAUAAUGAGACUAGAGAAGAGGGUAAAGCACUUCUUCGACAGAUAGCGAGACUACGUCCCCUUGCAGAUGGUGCAAAUCUUAUGAACACAGAUGAUGUGGGAUCAGUAAUAACCACUAGAAUACGCCCAGAGGUUGACGACAUGGCCACCCCACCUGUUAACAGACUUGCACCUAUCAAUUUGACUUUUCACACGCCUUAAUGUUUUGUACUGGUGUGCUUUAUUCAAAGUUACUGGUGUCUCCACCCGUAUGCUUUUCGAGUUUGGAAUCAAUAAAUGGAGAAGAAACUCUAAGUGGGGAAAAUUGCUAUUAUCAAUUGUACAUUUAUGAAAUGGAUUUUCAACUGUUCAGAAGAAGAAUGUGUUCAGAUACUUAGCAUAUAAAUUUAUUUAUUUGCAAAAACUUAUCUUAACAUAAUUCUUACAUGGAAUAUGUGCAGAAUUGUGAGUAAAUUGUUAAUUAUUUUUGAAAUAGCUACUUCAGCACUUCAAAGCUUAUAUAAAUAUUAAUUAUAAUAAUAUUAUUUAUAUGCAUUCUUAAACAUACUUUGGCACAUUGGACAUAAAAAGCAAAGGUUUCUUUCAACUGUAAAGACAUAAAUAAAGGGACUUUUUCUGAGAGACUAAUUUCAAAUGUUUACUACUGUCU